AAUGGGCGCUGUGCACCCGGAUGUUGACAGGCCUGCUGCUGUGGCUGCUACUGCUGCCGCUAUCACGUUUCCAGAAGUCCCCUCAUCUUACUAGAACUUUCCUGUCACUCCAGAAACACUGCACACACCCACAGCAAACCCAUGGCAACCGAAAGUAGCUUCCCCGAUAUCUUCAUUGACGAAGACCCACAGAAAGCUCUGGAGGAACUGAAUGAGGCCUUGCAAGGAGACUCUGACAACGCUCAGUGGUUUUGCCAGCGUGCCUAUGCCCACAUACUCCUCAAAAACUACAGCUGCGCUGUUGAUGAUGCCAAAAAAGCACAGCAGCUAAAACCCAGCCUUCCCCUUGCUUUCAUGCGAACAGGAAUAGCAGAAUACCACCUGAAGCUCUUUGAGUCAGCACAUGCAGCUUUCACUCAGGGACACCAACUGGAUGGUAAGUACACUUCCCAUCAUCCCACUCAGUACCAAACCUUGUUUGCAACAAUAUCUUGUCUGUUUCACUGUCCUCUAUAAAAUGAUUAAACUGUC